AAUAUAUGAUUAUCACUGUGUUGUUGAAAUGGUGCCCUUGAUUUCUUUUAUUUUUGCUCUUUAGAGGAAACCCAAGAUCACAGCUUCACGCAAACUCCUUCUAAAGAGUUUGAUGCUGGCUAAAGCCAAAGAAGAAUGGGAACAAGAACAAGUGGACAAACAAGGAGAGAAGGAGAGAUAUUUGGCAGAAAGGAUAACAUCUCUGCAUACCAGUGGGCUUUCCUACUCCCAACUCCAGGAUCUGUGCCGGGAGCUUCAUGAGAAGGUAGACAUUGUGGAUGAAGAGAGAUAUGACAUUGAAGCAAAGUGUAACCAUAACACACGGGAGAUUAAAGACUUGAAAAUGAAGGUCCUUGACCUUAGGGGAAAAUUCAAGCGUCCUCCCUUGCGCCGUGUCCGCGUGUCUGCAGAUGCCAUGCUUAGAGCUCUGCUUGGCUCAAAGCACAAAGUAUCUAUGGACCUGAGAGCCAACCUCAAGUCUGUCAAGAAGGAGGACACAGAAAAGGAACGUCCAGUAGAAGUGAGUGACUGGCGUAAGAAUGUGGAGGCCAUGUCAGGAAUGGAAGGCAGGAAGAAGAUGUUUGAUGCUGCCAAAUCACCAACAGGACAAUGAGAAGUCAUAUUUCUUUCAUAGAAACAUGAAGACCCCUUCCAUAAUGCCUACGUGAAUCACUUUUUUUUUUCUUCUUGGUGCUUCCUGUGUCUCACCAUUUUUCUGCAUUAUCUAUUGUCCCACAGCAUUUUUGGGUACUAGGGAAGAUACAAUCAUUCAUUUAGUGACCCUUUGGCACUGAAAAAAGUGACUUAUGACCAUUUUUUACACUUAUGACUGUUGCAGCAUCCCUGUGAUUAUGUGAUCAAAAUUCAGACGCUUGCCAACUGGCAUGUAUUUAUGACAGUUGCGAUGUCCCAUGUCAUGUGAUCAGCUUUUGCAACCUUCUGACAAGCAAAGUCAAUGGGGAACUCAGAUUCACUUAACAAUUGGGUUACUGACUUAGCAACUGCAGUGAUUCAUUUAAAAACUGUAGCAAGAAAAGUUGUAAAAUAGGGUAAAACUCACUCAACAACUGUCUUACUUAACAACCUGAUUCAUGGCCAUCAGGCCAACAGGAACACUUGCCUUCUUGCUAGCACAUGUCCACACAAUGAUUAUUACCACAAUCUGUCAGUACAGUACCAUCUCUGCCCUAUAGAAAAGAUAGGAAUUCUGAGUUGAUGGCAUUUGAAAUGCAGAAAGAAAGCUGGUGCUUUAUCUGACAUCUCAGAUCAGAUCUUUGCUCAAGAGAUGCCAUUACUUACUGACUGCAAUGCAGCUCAGACUGUAGCUAUAGAGGCUUUUGUGCCUGCUUUAUUCAGCAACAAAAUCUUUCAACCUCUUCCAUGAAAUACAGCCUUGGAUAUGUGACUAUACUUUCUCUGUAUUCCAUUAAAGAACAACAAAAUGAAUAGCAUCAAGAACAAA